AUGGCCAAGAAGCAGCUGCCAGUGGUCGCGGGGGCGGUUGGCCCAGGCCCGGGAGGGGAAGCUCCCGUGCAGGAUGGGGGCGCGGAGGAGCAGCCGGGCGGUGCGCCGGCAGCCGACCAGCCGCGUCUCUCGGCGUUCGUGGCCAUGAAGCUGAGCAAGAACGGCAAGCAGGAGCUGCCCUCGUACGUGGAGCUGGCCCGGGCCUUUGCUCGUGCAGUGACCGACGAAUACGCGUCGAAGGGGGACGGCAAGAUCGACAUGGAUGGUUCUGAAUCGAGGACGUCGGCGGAGACCUCCAACGUGAAAGCGAGGUACGCUGGAAAGGCCCUGCAGCAAAUGAUGAUGUAUCAGGAGGUUCCCCCCGCCGUGGUCAAAGGCGCGCUCCUGGCGCUCGAGGGCAUCCAGACACGCGGCUCAUCAAAGGCCGCGAAGCCCCCGAAGAAGAAGAAGAGCAGAAAGAAGGGCGGCGACGACGACGACUCCGGCGACGACGUGGCCCCGCGCGUGGACAUCGCGCCGGGCGAGGCCGUCCGCAGCGUGGCGUCCACCGACCCGCGUCUGUGGCGCCCGAUGCUGUACAUAAUGGGCCUGGCGAUGGCGGGGCAGAUCGCGGGCGUCCCCCCUCCGCUGCCGCGUGGGAUCACCGGGGAGCGGCCCACGCCGUCGGUGCUGAACGGGCAGCUGAAAGUGAGCGAGGUGCAGGGGUUGUUGCGGCUGGCGGGCGACACGACAAAGCCGCUGAGCGUGCAGGCGCUGGUGCUGCUGCACGUCGCGAGCUCGAUCGGGGGCGCGAAGAAGCACAUCGCGAUCGAGAACGCCAACGCGGCCGCGCGGCGGGCGGGGCCCGCGGGCAUGCUGGCGCAGGGGCUGACGGCAACAGGGGGGGCGGCAGGGAAGAGCCUGCGAGAAAUGAAGCCGUGGCUGAAGCAGCUCGUACAGGAGUACCGCGGCGUGCUCGAGGCGAUCCUGCGGCAAGCCAACUCGGCGCAGGGCCGGAAGCCCAAGCGCCGCUUCCUCCGCAAAGCCCGCGUGUACGGGCCCAGCAAGUCCGGCCAGAUCACCGCCGCGACAGGGCAGGUGCUGUCCGCGAUGGCCUUCCGCUCGAUCGGGCUGAUGGGGGACACGCCCAUGUGUCUGCACAUCUGGGAGGACGCCGUCCUGGGCACCACGAGCACCUCCGCGGACGUCGCGCGCUACGCCGCGGAGCUCUGCCUCCCCGUUGCUCUCGCGCGCCCCGAACAGGUCGCCCAGCACCUGCUGAAGCCCAUCAUGGACACCGUCGGCGGGUACGGCGAGGAGGGUCGCCUGAGCGUCGCGCACGGCGGGUACCACACCGUGGGCAAGGGGCGCCGCGCCAAGGCGGUCGCGGGUCCGUUUUUGAACCUGGAGCUCAUGCAGUCCCGGCGGGCGCUGGCGAGCAUCUGCGCGGCGAUCGCGUGCCACCCGAUGGCGCCGCCGAACGUCGUGGACGCGUUCUGGCGCCUCCUGGUGCUCCUGUGCGCGGACAGCGACCCGAGUGUCGCCGCACACAGCCUGCGGUGUCUGGUUGGCGACAUCAUCCCAGAAGGGAUGCCUGCGCCUGUCAAGGGGGCCAAGGACGCGUCGGGGAGCGCGCUCGGCGCGAACGACCCGCGGCUGCGCGCGCGGGCGUGGCGGCUGCUGGCGUCGCGGCUCGAGACGUGUUCGCCGGUCCCGCGGCAGCUUUCUGCAGCCGAAGUCGAGAAGCAGCUGUCGAAGAAGGCCGCGAAGAAGGCCGCGAAGAGCCGUGGGAUCGACAAGGUGUUCGGAAAGGUCGCGCAGCAGUACGAGAAGGCCGCGGGGAAGACAAAGAACCUGUUGCGGCCCGAGAGAAUCAACGAGUUGGGUCUGCAGGGGGACGCGGGCGGGCCGAGUGCGGGGGGCGGCGGGGGCGAGGUCGGCGGGCUCGGGUCGACCGAGGAGGCCGAGCAGGACGCCGCGGUGCUGCAGGGCGACUUCGAGCGGUUCAUGGGGGCCAAGAAGAUACUGGAUCUCGUCUGGGAAUCCCCCAAGGGGAUGGUGAGCUCCACCAAGGCCGGGGUCGCGGAGGCGGGCCUGCGCGUCGUCGCGAGCUUCGCCGAGAGCCGCGCCUGCCACAAGCUCGCUCUGUCCGCGGAGGCGAUGCGGGCAGCGGCGGAGGAUGCAGCGCUGAAGGGCGCGGAAGCCGAGGCGUCGGCGGCCGCGGCGAACGCGGCGGCCGCGCUCGCCGUCCCGGACCCGCAGCCGCAGAGCAGCUCCCGGGACGUCUCGGACCUCCUCGGGGACUUCGUGAGCGGCGGGAGCGUGCUGAACAAGGACACCGCGGAGUAUCUGGGUUUGUCCGACGACGCGCCGGUCCUCCCGAGCGCCCCCGGGACGAUGGCGCCGGAGGACCCGGCGGGCGCGGUAUACGGGGAGCUGCUCGCCGAGCUGGGCGGGCCGCCGGGCGCCGAGGGAGAAGAGAGCGGCGGCGAGGACGACCCGUUUGGCGACGCUACGCCUAGCACGUCCGAGAGCGAGGCGGACGAGAGCGCGCGGGCGCCGGAGAGCGAUGACGCGUCGGAGUCGGAGGACGCGCGGCCGAGCGAGCCCGACAUGGCGCUCGACAGGCUCAUGCGGAACCUCGGCGAGCAUGUGCUGCAGACCAUUUUUGGCCGGCCUGUUCCGGGCUCGCUGAUCGCGAUCCUGCAGCACCGGUCCGACAUCUCGACGCGGGCGCUGCUCAAAGCGCGCGCGCUCCAGGCGCUCGUGUGGCUGUCCGGCAGCAGCCGCCCCCCGGCGAGGGGGGAGGUGUGUUGCGAGCGCAUCUUCCCUAUGACAGACGUGCUGGCCCGCGCGGUCGGGGCGGCCGGGGAGGCCGCGCAGUGGGCGGCGCAGCAGGCCAGGCGCGAGUCCCUCCAGGGCGCGUCGCUCGUCGCGACCCUCGGGAACCACGCCGUGUCGGUCGUCGUCGAAGCCGUGAUGCAAGCGCUGGGCGGGCGGAUGACCGCGGAGCCGCCGAUGGCGUCGGAGAUCUUCGAGGCGACGCUCGUGUUCGACUCGGCCGUGCACUCGCCCGCGGUGGCCCGGCGGCCGCUCCAGGACGUCUGGGACGCGGCGUUAGAGUCGAGUCCCGCAGCAGCGCAGGACACCGUGGCGGCGAUCACCGCGCUGAUGCUGUCGCCCGGGCACCUGCGUCCGCGGAUCCUGCCGGCUACGUCCGCGCUGCUCGUGCAGGCGGAGCAGGUCCGCGCGCUGGUGCAGUCGCUCACGGGCCUGGCCAGCCCCGAAAGCGCAACGUCGGGCUUCGCGGGCGGCGCGGUGUCGACUGGGUCUGACUGGUCGCAGCUGCGCAUGGAGGCCGCGGCGUGGCUCGGCGAGAGCGCGAAUUACGCCGCGAGCAUCUUCUCGUGGCAGGAGGCCGGCCUGUCUCUCGACCUCGGGCGUGCUGACCCCAACACCCCCCUCGGGGACGACUUGCUCUCGCGGGCGAUCCGCGGGCUGCACACGGCGCUGGUCUCGAGCAGCGACGCCGGUCUGCAGCUCGCAGUGGGGCGCGCGCUCGCCACGAUCGCCGUGCGGUCGCCGCACCCGUACCGCAACCACUGCCAGUCGGUGCUGGUGGGCGCGACGGGGCAGGGCGCGGCGGCCCGGCAGCUCCCGGUCGCGUCCGCGCUGCUGCCGAUGCUGCGCGUCCUCGAGUCGAUGGAGUCCGGCGCGGAGGCCGUCGCCGACGCCGUUGCGCGAUUCGGCCUGGACCCUACCUCGUGGCCGCAGCGCUCGCUCGAGGCCGUCAUGAAACGGCACCGCCACCUCCUGCGGCAGAUCCGGCUGACGGUCUGCUACGUCCCCGAGGGUCAGUACUAUCCGCUCGGCAUGAAGUCGAAGCCGUUCGUCGACGCAUACUACGCUUCGAUGGACUCUGGUCCCGGGCGGCGGGGGCCCGGGCCGCGCUACGCGGCGAGCGCGUACGGCGCGAUUACGAUCAUGGGCGACAUCGACGAGCUCGAGGAGGACGCGUCGACCGUGUACACGGAGAGCUACAUGGGGCCGGGCGCGGCGGCUGCGGCGGCGAUGAUUCCGGGCGCGCCGCCGUCGUCGUUCGGCGGUUCGCAGGGCGGCGCGCAGCCCUCCGUGAACGGCCUCAUGCAGGGCAUCUUCUCCGGCGCCGACUGGCACGACGACGACGACUACUCGUCCCAGGCGGGGGUCUCGUCGGUCACCGGGUUCACUGCCGGUCACUUUAGCGGUUACGACAGCGGCGCCGCGUCGGCGCAGGCGCCGGCGCAGUUCGGCGCGAGCGACCUGCUCGGUGGCGGCGGCGAAUCAUCGCCGGACCCCUCGAUCAAGCGGCCACUCCCCGCAGCGGCAGAUUCGUUCGAGGCGGCGCUGGGCGUCACGUCCACCGGAGCGCCGCCGGACGACAAUCCGUUCGGCGCGGAGGCACCGACCGAGUACGGCGCUGGUCCGAGCGCCGUCACGCCCGACAACCCCUUCGGCCCGGACGCCGCCACGGAGUUCGGAGCCGCUGCCGCGGCACCGCAAGACGGCGGCGGGUUUGUCGGGGCAGGCAAGGGGCCCGCGCUCGCGGCAGACGAGAACCCGUUCGGCGCGGAGGAAGCCACGGAGUUCGGCGUUGCCUCCAUCGAGAAGCCGCCCGCGAUCGAUCCGGAGAUCGAGCCGCUCACCGACGCGCCCGUGGGGUCCGCGGAGAAUCCCUUUGGAGACAGCGGCGCGGAGGGCGGCGUCGGGGACGCAGGCGACAACCCGUUCGGCGGAGACGAGGCGACGGCGUACGGUGUGCCGGCCGCGGCGCCGGACGCGCCACCAGCCGCGGGCGACAAUCCGUUCGACGGCGCUCCCGGCGAGGACAAGUCGCGCGCGCCGCUGGACGAGGGCUUCUUCUCCGGGCCCGCGGCUCCCGAGAUCGAAGCGCCGGAGCCCGAGAUCGCGCCCGUGGCCUCCCCGGAGCCCGAGCCCCGCCCGGCGGCUGCCAGCGAGGCUGCGGCGGGCCUGGCCGGCACCAAGGCGGCGAACACGCGGCGGGGCGUCGGCGCGUACGACGCGGUGGAGAGCUCGCCCGGACACGACUUCGAGAUCGACCUCUCGAGCGACCUGGCGUCCGGGGCGCACGACGGCGCGUCACGCGACACAAUGGACGCCAAGAUUUACAACAUGCCGGCCGCCGUGACGGACGCCGAGCCCGGACCGGCGCCCGCGGCGGCUGCCGAGCCUGUUAGUGCGCCUGCAGGCGCAGCGGACGGGCUGCGGAGGCAGGCGAGCGGGUCGCGGGCGGCGCCGGCGGCGGCUACGCGGCACGGCGUGGUGAAGUAUGACUUUGCGGCGGAGGAGGAGGGGGAGUUGACGGUGGCGGAGGGGGAGGAGUUGUUCGUAGGGCAGGAGGUGUCCGGGUGGCUGAUGUGCACGAAGAAGCGCGGCGGCGGCGGCGGGCUGGUGCCUGCGUCGUACGUCGACGUGAUGCCGUGA